UCUGUUCUCGUCUCAUUCCCCUUCAAACUCGUUGAACGAAUUCUCAGUUUCAUCUCACAGUGCUUCAAAUCACCAACGAAACGAAUUGAAAACGAAGACGACGAGGACGAAGGUAGAAUAAACAGAUCAAACUGUUCAAUCUGUGGAGUAUGCGUGAAGAAUCGAGGAAGUGGAUCCUACUGGUGGCGUCGAUAUGGGUUCAAGCAUUCACAGGGACGAACUUCGACUUCUCGUCGUACUCAUCGGAUCUGAAAUCGGUGAUGGACAUAACCCAGCUUCAGCUCAAUUAUCUGGCGGUGGCUUCAGACAUGGGAAAGGUAUUCGGAUGGUGCUCUGGUCUGUGUUUGCUGUAUCUUCCUCCGUGGCUCGUCAUGUUCAUCUCUGCGUUUCUUGGCGUUGUUGGUUACGGCCUUCAAUGGCUCGUCAUUCAGAGAAUCAUCUCUUUACCUUAUGUUCUGGUGUUUCUUUCAUGCUUGGUAGCUGGUUGCAGUAUCUGCUGGUUCAACACUGUGUGCUACGUCUUAUGCAUAAAAAAUUUCCCAUCAAGUAUUCCUCUUGCACUCUCUCUAAGCAUCAGCUUCAAUGGCGUAACUGCAGCUCUAUACACUUUCAUUGUCAACUCAAUCAAUUCCAGCGAUGACACUCUCUACCUCUUGCUCAACGCCCUGGUUCCUUUACUAAUCUCCUUUGUCGCACUUGUCCCAAUCUUGAUUGCCCGGCAGCAACCGGCGCAUCCUCUUCCAUCAUCUGACUCCAUUCGCCGCCGCGACUUCCCAAUCUUCAUCGGCCUCUACGUCCUUUCUCUCAUUACAGGUCUCUACCUCCUUGUCCUUGAAACCAUGACUUCUAGCACAACCUGGGCACGUGUUAUCCUCGUGGGUGCUGUUUUUCUGCUUGUGAUUCCAUUGUUCGUUCCUAGGAUUGUAUAUAGCCGUUUCGUUUCCUCAAGCUGCUGCCUGCGAAACUCAAGCGUCGAUGAUGAUGAUGAUGAGAUUGAUAAAGGGCUGCUUAUUGGUGGUGGUGGUGGUGAUGAUGAUGACGUUGAUAAAGGGCUGAUGGGUGGUGGUGAUAAUGAUGAUGAUGAUGAAGAAGAGGAAAGUGUGGUUUUGAUGAAAGAGAAUAAACUUAAGUAUGGUCUCGUGAAGGAGAUAAUGCAGAGGGACGAGAUGAGAGUGAUUUAUGAAGAACAUUCAACGAGGUUGUUGUUCAGAAGGCUAGAUUUCUGGUUGUACUAUGUGGCAUAUUUGUGUGGAGCUACCAUUGGAUUGGUUUACAGUAACAACAUAGGGCAAAUUUCAGAGUCAUUGGGAUUCAGUUCGGAGACUAAUUCCAUGGUAUCAUUGUACUCCAUAUGUUCCUUCUUUGGUCGUCUUCUCGCUGCUGGCCCAGACUUCUUGAGCAACUGGAAAAUACACUUUCCAAGGACAGGAUGGUACACAAUAGCCCUGAUUCCAACACCAAUCGCAUUCGCUUUGCUUGCAGCAUCAUCUGGAAGCGAAGCAUCACUGAAAAUAAGCACAGGCAUGUUAGGUUUAAGUUCUGGCUUCGUCUUCUCUGAAGCAGUCUCCAUUACUUCUGAGCUCUUUGGGCCAAACAGUGCUCCUGUGAACCACAACAUCCUCAUCACCAACAUACCUAUAGGUUCAUGUCUCUUUGGCCUUAUUGCAGCUUUGGUUUAUGACUCCAACUCCGAUUCAACAUCGACGGCGACACGUGGCAUAAGCUGGUUUCUUCGCAUGUCGAUGUGCACCGGAAAAAAAUGUUACUUCCAAACUUUCAUAUGGUGGGGCUGUAUUUCCAUGGUGGGUUUGGUUUCAAGCUUGCUGCUUUUCUUGAGGACUAGGAUGGCUUAUGACAAUUUUGAGAGAAAUAGAAAGAGACACAGAAAUUCGACAUCGAACUGAUUAGUUUUAGAAUGUGGGAGGAUGUGAUCAUGUUUUGUAGUGAUGUCCACAAUUCCGACAUUUAUGAUCAAGCAGUGUCACAAGAUAUUUGAAUGUGUGCUGAUAUGCAAAA